AUGUCUCAAGCCAAGUUUGACAAGGCCGCCUCAGUCGUCCAGAGCUUGCCAAAGGAUGGCCCCAUUAAACCGACUCAGGACGAUCAGCUGAAGUUUUAUUCGCUAUACAAACAAGGCACUAUUGGUGAUGUAAACACGGAACGUCCAGGGUUGCUCGAUUUCACUGGAAAAGCCAAGUGGGAUGCCUGGAACUCCGUCAAGGGCACACCAAAAGAGGACGCCCAGAAAGAAUAUGUCGAUAGGUUGCUUAAGAUUCUGAAGCAGUCGGACUCUGAGGAGGCGAAGAAAUGGGCUGGUGAAAUCGAGAGCGCCUAG